AACAGCCUAGUUGCAGUAAAAAUAUUAACGCAACAAAAAAAGAUGUCAUGGGAAGCCGAAAAGGAAAUGUAUCAUUAUCUUGCUUCACAUUCGCAGAUACUGCAUUUCUACUUUGCAGAAAAGCGACAUGAAGAUGAGUACUGGAUAGUUACUGAAUUUCAUUGCCAAGGCUCACUUCAUGGCUUUUUAAAAGAUAAUGCAUUAGAUUGGAAUGCGGCGAUUAAGAUGGCUAGAAGUAUUGCGGAGGGACUAGCGUAUCUACAUUGGGAAGGCAUCGGAACUGACGGUGAACUUUCCAAGCCGUCCAUUGCCCAUAGAGACUUUAAAAGUAAAAAUGUUCUUGUAAAAUCGGAUGGCACCUGUUGUAUUGCAGAUUUUGGAUUAGCCGUUAAAUUCGAUGCCAAUACUCGUCCUAUAGAUAUACAUGCGCAGGUUGGUACUUACAGAUAUAUGUCACCUGAAGUCCUCGAUGGAGCAAUUAGUUUCAACAGAGAAUCUUUCCUACGAAUUGAUGUUUAUGCAUUGGCUCUUGUACUAUGGGAAAUAAUGUCACGUUGCUCUAUAAAUGACAGUCCACCGGGUGCUUAUCAUCUACCUUUUGAAGAAGAAUUGGGUAGAGUACCAACGUUAGAACAAAUGCAGACAUUUGUUGUAGAUAAAAAAAGCCGACCUAAAAUGGAAAAUAACUUUCUGUCGUUUCCUUCUGCGGAUUUGAUUAGAGAAACUAUAGAAGACUGCUGGGAUGAUGAUGCUGAAGCUCGCUUAACUGCCGGCUGUGUAGCCGAGAGAUUAGCUUCAUUA